AUGUCCUCGCCGGCCGAUUUUACUAUAUGCGGAAAUCUGGGUAAGGCAUGUUCCGGAUUAAGCGAUGUCUUUCUUGUAAAACGACUGCCUGAUGAAAAUCUUUCCGCUCUACGGAUAUUACCUACCGAAAAGGUGGAUUAUGAGAAGAUAAAGGAAGAAGUAUGGUUUUUAAAAUGGUUGUCCCAUCCGUGUAUUAUUUCAAUUAAUCAGAUAAUUUCUGUGGGAAGCGAUGUUUACGUCUUCUCAACUUUUUGCGAUCUCUGUUCAGUUUUACAUGUGGUGCAUAAUUACUAUCCAUAUGGUCUGCCUGAAAAAGCUAUUGCGCAAAUUCUUAAAAAUCUUUUGCUAGCCGUACAGUCUAUACGAUGUAGUCAUAUUUUACUACAUUCAACGGGUGUCGUGAAAUUGACUGGCUUUCGCCACUGUGUAUUUUUGCGGCAUAAUGAGCUGACUGGUACCGAUGAUGUUCUGCAUAACUUCGAUGCUGAAAUUUCCGAUGAAUUGCUGUGGUUGGCACCUGAAAUAUUGAAACAAGAUUUAUAUGGUUAUGGUUUACCAUCUGAUGUGUACAGCAUUGGAAUAACGAUAUGCGAAAUGGCCAACGGUUUUCCACCCUUUUCAGAUAUGGAUCGAUUACAGAUGCUUUUCGAAAAAAGUAAAGGAACGAUACCACGGUUACUGGAUUGCACAACUCUUCCAGAUAAAGAAGACAUAGAACGUAAUCAACAAAUUCGACAGCGACGACGUUUUAGUGAAUCAUUACAUGUUAUAACGAAUAACUGUCUCAAACUACUGCCAGAAAAUAGGUGGUCUGUAUCAAAACUUUUAACUCAUCCUUUCGUGAAAUCAAUUAGAAAGAAUCGUCCUUUCUCAUCUUUGCUGCCAGACAUAACAUGA